AUGAAUGAUAUUAAAAUGAUGAAUGUAGAAAUGAAUCCGGUUAAAUACCACAUUGCUAUUAAAAAUAUGGAAAGGAAAAUACGUAGCGAAAAGAUGCAGCCAACUCCAGAUCUUAUUAUCCCCGAAGAAUCCAAACAUGUAUCUUGUCAGCCUUUGCCAAUGUUUUGGAACGCUAACCCAUGUAAGAAGAGUUCCGUAAUGAGAUCAGAAUCAUGUAUCCAAGUGGAGACAGGAGACAUUGACAGUAGCCAAAGAUUAUAUUGA